AUGACAGCAAAUGGGAAAUUAGCAGAAAAUCGUAUUCAUAUCAAUGUGUCAGGCGGACAUUUCGAGACACACAAAUCAACAUUGGAGUUAUAUCCACAUACACUAUUGGGUAAUCGCAAAAGACUGAAACCGUAUUACGACAAAGUUCAUGAUGAAUAUUUUUUUGAUCGUCAUCAGGAAUCAUUUCAUUCAAUAUUGUAUUAUUAUCAGUCACAAGGACGUCUCCGACGACCGCAGGCCGUUCCAUUAGACACAUUUUUAGAGGAAGUAACAUUUUUUGAAUUGGGUUUUCAAGCAUUACAACAAAUACGAAAUGAUGAGAAUAUUAAAGAAGCAAAAAAAAUUCGAUUACCUCGAAAUCGUUUACGCCGACAAAUGUGGGCAAAUAUGGAGUAUCCAGAAUAUUCUUUUUUGGCAAAAAUUAUUAAUCUUGUCUCAAUGAUGAUGAUAUUGUUGUCGUGUAUUGCACUUGCUAUAGAAACAUUACCAGAAUAUAAUAAUUUAUACGACAAUAUUUGCAGUGAAGAAUAUGAAAAUUUGAAGAAUAAAUCAUUACAAUUUAAUCUAACAGAAAUAUCGUAUCCGAUAUGUGCUGCAUUAUUUUAUUCACCAUUUUUUAUUAUUCAAACAAUUACGGUGUUGUUUUUCACGUUAGAAUUUUUAGUUCGCCUUAUUAGUACACCAUCUUAUUGUGAUUUUAUUAAAAGUAUUCUCAAUUGGAUUGAUCUGGUAGCUAUUAUACCGUAUUACAUUACAUUAGGAAUAACUUUAGACGGUAGACAAAAUGAUUUUGAUACUUCCUCAUAUAUUGGCUUAAGACUAUUGAGAAUGUUACGUUUUACACGUGUCUUCAAAAUAUAUCGUGUAUUUCGAACUUUCAAAACAUUGAGAGUUCUUGCAGCAGCUACCAGAGAAUCAUUGCCCGAUUUUCUUAUCAUGAUAUCGAUAUUGACACUACUAUCAUUUCUGUUUGGAGCGGCUGUUUAUUUAGUUGAAAAUUCAACGAAUGGCUUAGUAUUUGAUAGUAUACCAAAAGCAACGUAUUGGGGUAUAAUUACAAUAACAUCAACGGGAUAUGGUGAUAUGUAUCCAAUAACGGCUGUCGGUCGUGUAUUAGCGUGCCUAUGCACUUUCUCUGGUACGGCAACAGUUGGAAUGCUUGCCUCGGUAUUGGUUGAUCGAUAUCAACGUGUAUAUACAAGAAAAUUAUAUAUUAAUGAGAACACUGAUGAGAUUGAGUUUGACGAUUAUUCGGAUGACGAUGACAAAGCUCAUUUAGAUUUAGAAUCAGAAUGGCAUAAUCAAUUGAAAAAUAAUGUUGAUGCAACUGAUCCAGAUGCACGUGCAAGAAAAGAGGACAAACCUAGGAAAUAUAGUAGUAACAAGGAGAAUGAUGGCUUUGAUGCAAACCCACAUGAAGUCAAAGACGACUCAGAAGAAAUGCUUUCAAAUUCGAAUGAGAAAGGUUUUAUUAAGAAAACUUUAAGCGCUUGUUUCUCAAUGACAUAUAUGGCUAAUGACCAGGCAAACGAUGAUCCAUCAGAAGAAAUAAUGGAAAAAAUAGCCGAAAUGGUUAAUGAAAAACGUUUGAGUGGAACUAAUAUCAGUCUGAGUUUGAUAAAAAGUGAUGACAAUGAACAACAAACAGUACAAUUCAAACCUGAAUCACCAAUCUCGAACGAAUCUUUUCCAGUUAAUACUCAACAACGAGCAACUAGAAGACAUUCUUUAUCUAAUUAUAUUCCACAAGAAUCUCAUGUUUUUAUCUAA